AUGACAGCGCUGCGCAAGGUGCUGGUGGUGAUCGGCACAACGGGCGCGGGCAAGACCAAGCUGUCAGUGGACUUGGCCAAGGCCGUAGGUGGCGAGAUUGUCAACUCAGACGCCAUGCAGAUGUACCGCGGACUGGACGUGGCCACGGCUAAGAUCACGGAGCAGGAGAAGCAGGGCAUACCGCAUCAUCUCUUCGACGUGGUGGACCCGAGUUCCCGCUGCGAUGUGCUCGAAUUCAAGCGCUUGGCGCUGCAGACCAUCGACGACAUCUUGGCCAGAGGCAAAGUGCCCAUCGUCGUAGGCGGCACCAUGUAUUAUACGCAAUCUAUCCUCUGGAAGUCACAGCUACUGGACGAUGUACCGUUCAAGGCCUCGGCCACUGGCCUCAAGGAGCAACAGGAACAACGUACAUCAGAAGCCUUAUACGCACGGCUUCAGGCUGUGGACCCAGUGAUGGCCGCCCGGCUGCACGUCAACAACGUGCGUAAGAUUCAGCGCAGUCUUCAAGUUUUCGAGCAGACCGGUGUGGCUCAUAGUGAGCUGCUGGCCCAACAGGAACAAGAGCAGAGGAACAUUGAGAAAUAUUUCGACGCCUGUGCCUUCUGGGUACACGCUAGCAAACCGGUGCUUAGUGAACGUCUGGCAAAGAGGGUGGAUACGAUGCUAAGCUCUGGGUUGGUAGAAGAGAUCCGUGGCCUGCGUGCACAUGUGAAGGAGAACCCGCCACGGAUGCACCCGGACAGUGACGAUGAAGAGGACGCUCAGAACUCGGUUGGCAUUCUACAAGCUAUUGGAUACAAGGAAUUCCUGCCCUAUUUCGACGCGAUAGAGGCGAAUAACGGCGCUCAAGAAGAGGGUUCCACGGAGCUGGAGACCAUCUUGAACGCGUGCAUUGAACAAUUGAACAUUGCAACACGCCAGUAUGCUCGGCGUCAGCUCUCGUGGAUCCGUAACAAGUUUGUUACCAAGAACAUCCCGGUCUACCAAGUGGAUAGCAGUGAUGUCUCGAAAUGGGAGACGCUUGUGGCUCAACCUGCUAUUGGCAUUGCUCAGAAGUUCCUGAAAGCAACAAAAUCCCGAGACUCCAGCAGCUUCGUUAGAGGAUAA